AUGGUUCUGAAUGAGACGACCUACACUGAUAAAGGGGAGAAGCUGGAGAAAGGUCGAUUUGUCAGCUUUCACCAUGCCACGUUCUGGGUAGGAAACGCUAAACAGGCUGCAUCAUAUUACUGCAACAAAUUUGGAUUUGAGUCUGUAGCAUACAAAGGACUGGAGUCGGGGCACCGUGAUCGAGUAUCACAUGUCAUUAGGCAGAAUAAGAUUUUCUUUGUUUUCCAGUCAGCAUUGAAUCCUGAUGAUCAGGAAAUGACCGAUCAUUUAGGGAAACAUGGGGAUGGUGUGAAGGACAUCGCAUUCCAAGUAGAAGACUGUAACUUCCUGGUGAAGAAAGCAAAGGAGCAGGGAGCCAUCAUCAUGAAGGAGCCAUGGAUUGAGGAGGAUAGCGAUGGCAAAGUGAAGUAUGCUGUUCUGAAAACGUAUGGGGAUACAACACACACCUUUGUGGAGUACCUAGGGCCUUACCGUGGCCUCUUCCUACCUGGAUACAUGAAACCUCUCUUCAAGGAUCCACUUCUUUCCAAGCUACCCCCUGUGAAUCUGAAUUUCAUUGAUCACAUCGUGGGAAACCAGCCAGAUGAUGAGAUGGUGCCCGUGGUAGAAUGGUACCAGAACUGUCUGAAGUUUCAUCGAUACUGGUCAGUGGAUGACAAACAAAUCCACACCAAUUACAGUUCCUUGCGCUCCAUUGUUGUGGCCAACUAUGAGGAGACUAUCAAAAUGCCCAUCAAUGAGCCAGCAGCUGGAAAGAAAAAAUCCCAAAUCCAGGAGUAUGUAGAUUACAAUGGUGGACCCGGAGUGCAGCACAUUGCUCUCAACACCUCUGAUAUCAUUCAGUCCAUCACAAGUUUAAAAAGCCGUGGCAUGGAGUUCCUGAUGGCACCAGACACCUACUAUGAUCAGCUGAAAGAAAAAUUAAAGACUGCGAAAAUCAAAGUUAAAGAGGACCUUAAGAAGUUACAGGAACUCAAGAUUCUUGUGGAUUUUGACGAGAAGGGCUACCUGCUACAGAUCUUCACCAAACCUGUCCAAGAUAGGCCCACACUCUUCCUGGAGGUCAUACAGAGAUAUAAUCACAACGGCUUUGGGGCUGGAAACUUCAAAUCAUUGUUUGAAGCGAUUGAGUACGAUCAGGAUGCAAGAGGAAACCUCACUGUUUAUACCGCCGACAGGAAAGAACAGCGAUACUACUGAAAUAACCGGUCGGAAAAUCACUAAACAUGCUAAGAAGUUCCAUAUUUGUAUCUCCUGUAGUGAAGAACUCUUCGUGUUCUUUAACCUUUCCUUCAUCCUACAGACCCUAGAACAUUCCCCUAAGCCUGGUGAGAGCUGAUCAUGGUUUUUAAUUCAUCAUUCUUGCACCAUACCCGCAAUCAGAUUAAACAAAAAAAGGAAUUCCCCUUCACACAAUGGCUGAAUUUAACACCUGAAAUCACUGUAUUUAAUAAAUGUGGCCACCUACCCAAUUCACUGAGGUUCAUUAUUUAAUAUUGUAACUUUCACAAUACAGAUCGAUUGUCAGGAUUAGCAGAAUUCACAGUUUUCUGUUCCCUUGAAAUGGUUAGAGAGGAGCCAAGGCACUUUGAUGGUUUUAAUUGCCUAUAAUGACCCUUUGACCUAUCUGACCUGUCCCACAUACUUGUGAUACUUUGGAUAUCAUAAUGUAUACACUCUGUACUCCACCUAAUACCAUACAGUUGAUGAGUUAGAAAUCACUACCAAUCCAAUUGUUGGUGGUGGAGGGGGGGGAGGGUGGUGGAACUUUCCUCUCAGACUGAUCUUAGAAAUCACACUGGUCCUGUACACUGUCUCCCACAGGAGAAAAUUACUCCCACCACCCUACAACCACAUCCAGAAGCAGGUUCUUCUUGAAGAAGUUUAGCAAACUGGUAUUUACCACCCAAGAUACCAGCCCAUUCCAGAAUUAACUCUUCAAUGAGAAAGGGAUCAGCUCUUCACAUCAAUUUAAAAUAAUGACCUUUUGUCUUUCCUAACAAAUUAGUAUCUCCUCCUCUCUGCAUUGAGUCCAGUUACACAGUGUAUUCUCUCCCCAUGCCUGACCCCCCUGGGAAAUGUGCUUGAGGCCUGCAUCAGCCUAACUGGCCAGGAAGAUGGAGAGGAAGGCCAAGGGCCUGCUAUUGUCAAGAGGGGAAGCGCCACUAUGCCUGAGCAGGUCCUGGGCAUGGGGCAGCCAGCAAGAUGCCAGCUUGUAUUUCAAAACAGUGCCAUCAACAAGCUACAUUGUGGCCAGCUACAAGUGCUGGCCCAAGCAGGCAGUCUGGGACUUGAGUAAAGCCUCCCUGGAGCAGAUCACAGAGGGUCAGGGAGGGGAAAGGCCAUAGGUCAGAGGGGAAGGAUCUGCAGAGACUAGCAGGUCAGGAAGCAUCAUUUGUAGUAAGAGGGGCUGUAGAAAGUCAUUUUAUUAAAUUUAUAUUAAAAAAAUUAAAAUGAUUUAAUUUACCAGUGCAAGGGAAGCUAGCAAUCAAAGCAUUUUAAAUGAUAAUGUUUUAGCUUUUUUCUGAUAAGGGAGUCCCAUAUAACUCAACUCGUUCCUGUGAGAACCUGUUCUUCACUUAACAUCAUUUUACUCAGAGUUGUAAUUUUAAGGAACACAAUCACAAGUUUAAAUGAGAAUUUAAUUCAGCAACGUAGUCUUUGUUAAUGAUUUCAACGGCUAUUUAUCCACAAGUACUGGGGUGGCACAGUGGUGAGCACUGCUGCCUCACAGCGCCAGGGACCUGGGGUCAAUUGCCACCUCGGACAACUGUCUGUGUGGAGUUUGCACAUUCUCCCUGUGUCUGCGAGGGUUUCCUCCGGGUGCUCCGGUUUCCUCCCACAGUCCAAAGAUGUGCAGGUCAGGUGAAUCGGCCAUGCUAAAUUGCCCGUAGUGUUAGGUGCAUUAGUCGGGGUAAAUGAAGGGGAAUGGGUCUGGGUGGGUUUCUCUUUGGAGGGUCAAUAUGGCCCGAAGGGCCUGUUCCCACACUGUAGGGAAUCUAAUCUAAUCAAGUAGCAUCAAAACAGAUGAACUGGUUGUUAUUACAUUGAUGUUCUUCGGAGCUUGUUGUACGCAAAUUGUCCAUGACCUCUCCUACACAUUGAUCGCAUUUGAAAAGAAAACCAAAUUGGCUGUAAACAUAUUUUGAUAUGCCUUGUGUUUUGAAAGGUUUAAUUAAAAACAUUCUCCUUUUAGUUUACAAGUUGAAGGAUCAUUAAGAACUAAAUGGGACCAUUAAAAUAUUUGGUUUGAGAUCAAGAUAUAACAGAUGUUUCCAAUUACAUUCUUUGUAGCAGUCACAAGGAAUGCAUCGAAGAUUUGCUGCUAAAAUGGAUAUAGACCUGGUCAAGAAGAGAAGGCCUUAGCUGCUGACUGUGAUGGCAUUCAUCUUAGUCCCCACUACCUUUGCAAGGCCUAUGUUUUACUAUGAGCAGAUUGCUUGAAAUAACCACUAUUCCAGCAGCUCUGCACAGAAAGGCUAUUAGAGUGCCAAUGUGGCUACUAUCUCACCAGUUGAAUUAUUGGAACAACUUGGUUUCCUAGUUCAGUGACAGUCAGCCCUGGUUGAAUCUAUUUUGAUUUUUCAAAAUGUUCCAUCAGUUGCUGAACAUUAGCCUACUAAAGAAAAUUGAAUUCAUUGGUGGUUCCAGGUCAGAAAAGAGCUGGUUGCAUUCAUAUAGAUACUAAUGGUCUUGUCAGGGAUUGGUCAUAAAUGACAUCUUCUAGGAAUUAGUGUUGGUGUCACUGUUCCCCAUAUUUAACAAUUAUCUGGACAAUGGUAAUAGGAACUGUCUGUAGGCUCACAGAAAAUACAAAAAAUCACAGGAAGAUCCAAACUGAAUGGAGAAAUGAGCUCAUAUCCAGCAAGUGCUUUUUAAAAAUACGUUCCAUUAGUUUCCCAGAUAGGAAAGAGACAACCUUUACAGAAAUGUGUAUUGAAACCAGACAAGUAGGUGAAGGAAACAAACGGAGAAACUCAGCAGAUUCUGGCAGCAUCUGUGAACAUAAGCCAGAGUUAAUGUUUCAGGCACAUUCUUCAGAACUAGAAGCAGCAAGGAAAAGAUGAGCGGGAAGGGAUGGAAAGAAGGAGCAAGUGGAUAGGUAGGGAAGAAGCCCAGGGAGAAAAAAGAGAGGCAGACAGAGAGCCAUUGAUAGUAAGUCAGGGAAGAUGAGCUGGUGAUAAUAGAGAUUGAGUAGUUGAAAAAUGGAUUGGCUGUACUGAAAGCGGUAGCUGAAUAACCUAGCUAUGAUAAAUUAUUAAGAGAUUCUUGGAAUAGCGCUGUGACCCUCAUUACAAAAAGCAGCAGUGUGUUUGAAUCCAUUGCCUUGAUUACCAAAUACAGAAUAAAGAAAAUGAUUUGAUCUCUG